GAGAAUUAAUAAAUAUAUAGAAAAGGUGAAAUAGGUGAGGCGGUACUUGCUGAUAGAAUCAGAAGCUUCGAGACUGACUUGUUUUAGAUUCUCUGACUAUAAAGAAAGGCAAAGUAACAAGUUUCGUUUUCUCCUUUGCACUCCAUUUUUAUUCUCGAUUCUCUUCUCUCCCGAUAAAGAAGCUCUCGCUUUGUGUUGUCCGUCCUUCUUCCAGGUUUUCUCGUCUCUGACGCAUGGCUUCUAAGAGGAUCUUGAAGGAGCUCAAGGAUCUGCAGAAGGAUCCUCCUUCAAACUGCAGCGCUGGUCCGGUGGCUGAGGACAUGUUCCAUUGGCAAGCCACUAUCAUGGGACCUCCUGAAAGUCCGUAUGCCGGAGGAGUGUUUUUGGUUUCUAUUCAUUUCCCUCCGGAUUAUCCUUUCAAGCCACCAAAGGUGUCUUUUAAGACUAAGGUGUACCAUCCAAACAUCAAUAGCAAUGGAAGUAUUUGCCUUGAUAUUUUGAAAGAGCAAUGGAGCCCUGCUCUUACUAUCUCUAAGGUUCUGUUGUCGAUUUGCUCGCUGUUGACUGACCCAAACCCAGAUGAUCCUCUUGUGCCGGAGAUAGCUCACAUGUACAAGACAGAUAGAUCCAAGUACGAGUCAACUGCGAGAAGCUGGACACAAAAGUACGCAAUGGGUUGAUGAUAUAAGACAAAGCAAAGGAUAUGUUAUUGCGCAUCGGAAUAAAAUAAUAACUUAAAAAAAAUGCACUUGUUUGGUUUAUCAAACGUUAGCAAGUAUCGAACAACUUAGCUGCUCUUACUCCUCUUCUGUUCUGAUCACUAUAAACUAGUAUUAAUUUCGAUUGUUGGGUCUACUUUUAUUCUCUUGUUUCCCUCUCCUCACUUGGUUGCAGGAAACUGCAAUUCUAAUCGCCCCAAACGCAAUGUUUGGACUGUUUUGGUACACUCUUGACAUAAGGGGUUCCAAUCUACACAUGGAUCAACCACAACCAAAACCAAACCAACUAUGAGCCUUCCAUAGUUAGGAUUAUACAUUGCUCCCAAAUACAAAACUCGUUCCUAAUCUUCUAUUAACUUAUACCAAAGUUGGUAUAUUUAUGAUUAAAUUA